AAUGUGGGUUCUUGGGUUUGGUUUGGAUUGAGUUUGAAGGGUACUCAUUUGAGUAAAGGUGUUUAAAUCUUGGUUUCUGAUUCUGGGUGGUUUGAGAUUUGAGUGAUUUGGUGUUUCUGUGGAGUAAAGGAGUGAGCUUUGGAGUUUGGAGAAUGCAGCUUGGGAUUUAGAUGACACGAUGGAGGUUGAGAAAAAACGUUCAAAAGGAGGGUUUUUCAACUUAUUUGACUGGAAUGGAAAAUCUAAGAAGAAGCUAUUCUCCAGCAAUUCGGAAUCAUCAGGUAAAGGAUCACAGCAAGGACAAGAGAAUGUGGAGAAUUUCUCGCAGACCCAGCUCAUUAAGACAGAGGUGGAUGAGAAAGGAGCAAGUUCAAGUCAUAAAGAAAGCAGCGAGUGGAAUUGUACUUCGUCGGUGACUAGUGAUGAAGGAGGUGGGAGUAGAGCCCCUGGGGUAGUUGCUAGAUUAAUGGGUCUGGAUUCAUUGCCAACUACAACGGUUACUGAUUCAUCUUCUACCUUAUCAGUUGAAUCCCUCUCACAUAGAGUACCUCAUCAUGACAGGGGCAAUCCUAAUUUGUGGGGUGAUUUUUAUGCCAUGGAUUACAUGAAUAUGCCCAACAAGUUGGACAGAGAUUCAUGGAAUCCUGUAGAAUCUAGGACACAGAAGCUACAAAAUCGGCCAAUUGAGAGAUUUCAAACAGAAAUCUUGCCUCCAAAAUCGGCCAAGUCAAUUCCAGUAACUCACCAUAAACUUCUGUCACCUAUCAAGACUCCUGGCUUUAUCCCAACAAAGAAUGCUGCUUACAUAAUGGAGGCAGCUGCAAAAAUGAUUGAGGCAAGUCCUAGAGCAUCUUCCAAGAGCAAAAUUUCAUCUAUGAGGUCUUCUUCAAUUCCCUUGAGAAUUAGGGAUUUGAAAGAGAAGAUGGAAGCUGUCCCUAAAGCAUCAAGACCUGCACGCCCCAAGGAACCUAGUGAUGCUAAAUAUGUGAAAGGAGGAUCGGGUUACAAGAGCUAUAAUGGGUCAGAUAAUGUACCAUCACCCAAGGGUUUUGUGGUUUCAGAAAAGCAGAAUUACAAUGAUAUAAGAAGUAAGGGAAACGCAGCAUCACUUGUAGUGCAAGCAAAGGUCAAUGCUCGGAGAAAGGAAGGGUCUCCUCCUUUCAGUAAUAGGAGUUCCACAAACCAGAAAGAGCAGAAUGAGGUCAAUCAAAAUGAGUUCUCCAAAACCCGGCAAAGUACACAGAGACCAGCGCAUAAGAGAACUGCUGUCAGCAACAAGAGUGUGCUCAAGCAGAACAACCAGAAGCAGAACUGUGUCUCUAAUAAAGAUAAAAUGACUUCAAAGAAUGUGGUUUCUAAACAACCUAUUAGAAGAGUUCAGCCAAGUAAUGGGUUUAGUCGGCCAAAUAGGACUAUAAAUAAGGUUCUUGUAAACUCUGAAACUGGAUCCAGAAAGAUGGGCUCAAUGGAAAGUGUUACUGGAAAGGAGAUCUCAUUCUCCACAAUUAAGGAUGUCUCUGGGAAGAUAAGGUCUGCUAGUCAGGAGUUUCAUUUGGAAGAAAAUGUUGCUGAUAAUGGAUUGGUCACUAAAGGUGAAAGGUCUGUAAAAUGUAAUGUUGCAAUGGAAGGUUACACCAACUUGUUCACGGAUAGCAGAAAACACGACAUGGAUGUUAUUUCGUUUACAUUUACGUCGCCCUUGAAAAAAUCUAUUUCUGAAUUGCAGUCUGCUGGUCAAGUUGGCAGUAUGAAUAAGAGAUUUUGUAUUGAUUCUUUUGGUAACAGUGAUCAGCACAGCUACCAAGAGCCUUUUACAUUUUCUUCACCUGGGUUGAAUGUGAUCGGUGGUGAUGCCUUGAGUGUUCUUUUGGAACAAAAGCUUCAGGAAUUGACAUACAAAGUUGAGUCAUCUCAACGUAACCUGUAUGGUGAAGGAACUUCUGCUAGUUCUUCGUCUAGCUUGCAAGAUUUUUUUUCCAGUGAGGCAAGCACCGCAUCAAGAGGCAAGAAGUAUGAAUUUGGAUUGCUCAGAGAUAGUGCUGGUGGUAGAGUGGACUUUGAUUCCUUAUCGGCUGAUGUAAACCAGAAGUGGCAGGGACCAGAAGGGAUGAGAGAGUGUAGCAGUAGCAGCAAAAGCUGUGUAACUGGAAAAUAUUUUGAUUAUCAGUUCGAUCCAGUUUCAGUUUGUGAACCCUCAUUUGAGAGUGAAAGCUGCACUGAUAACAGAAGCAGUGGCAAUGGAAGUGAGAGUGAUAAGUGCUUGGUUGCUCAAGCUCAAGAUCAAAUCUAUUCAUUCUCCUCGUCUGAAAUGCAACCAUCAUAUAGUGCUACAGAUUUAUCUGACUCGGCCUCCACUUGGGAAGUGAGUGGAAAGAAUAUUACUAGAAUAUUUGGUUUUCAUUCUCCCAAUCAAUCAACCGAUUGGGAACUAGAAUAUGUGCAGUACAUACUUAGCAAAGUGAACUUGGGGAUUGAAGAUUUUGCACUGGGUGAUUCGGACUAUGUUAUCUCCCCAAGUCUCUUUGAUAAUUUACUCUAUCAAGAAGAGUAUCCAAAGCUCCAGCAGAAGCUUUUGUUUGACAGUGUUAACGAAAGCCUGCACAACAGAUGCAAGCAAAUUGUUGUUGGAAGCCAGAAAGCAUUGGAUCAAUGGGAGACAUUGUCGCAAAGGAAGGAAUCGUUGGCUGCGGAACUGUAUAAAGAGAUCACCGUUUGGAAUAAUAUGGGUGACUUGAGGGCCGAUGACCUUGUCGACAAGGACAUGAGCACUGGGCUUGGUAGAUGGCUCAACUUUGAGGUUGAUGCAUUUGAGGAAGGUGUAGAGAUUGAGAAGGAAAUCCUAAGUUGUUUAGUAGAUGAGUUAGUAUCUGAUUUUAUGCUGUAUUAGUAGGCCCUCCUAAGGUGUCCUUGUACCAUGAAGUUCAUUGCAAUGUAUCAUAGCAGCGUAGCAGGUUAAAUAAUUUGACGGGUAUCUUCUGAUCUAAUUAUCAUUCUGUCA